UCCACUAUCAUAUUUUGUAACUCUAUCACCUCUAGAUCCACAAUUAAGGUAUAAAAAAAUAUGGGAACAUGCCAAUAAUGUGCUAUAUAUUACAAACAUGUCCUAUAUAUAUAACUAUACCUUGAAUGCAAAACUCCACACAAGUCAUACAAAGUACUUAUCAUGGAUGGAAUACAAGAAGGAGAUCAUCAUGAUGAACUGACAUUGAGACUAAAUGAGAAAGAAGAAGAAGAGCGAGCAAGAAUAGAUAUCUAUAAAUAUGUAUUCGGGUUCGUAGAAAUGGCUGUAGUGAAAUGUGCCAUUGAGUUGGGAAUAGCUGACACCAUCGAAAGCCAUGGACGCCCCAUCUCUCUCUUGGACUUAUCAUCAGCCUUAAGCUGCAAUCCCCAUAACCUUCACCGCAUCAUGAGAUUUUUGGUCAACCGAAGAAUAUUCAAAGAGAUCAAAAACGACACCGUUAAUGACAAAGGAUGUCUAUACGUACAAACAUCCCUCUCAAGACUCCUAAUCAAGUCCGGAGAAAGAAGCAUGGCUUCGUUUGUGUUGAUGGAGAGCAGCAACCCUAUGUUGGCGCCAUGGCACGGCCUUAGCGCUCGUGUCAAGGCGGAAGCAACUGAUGCUUUGACACCAUUUGAGGCGGCGAAUGGCGUGGAUGUAUGGAGCUACGCGGCAGCCAAUCCUGACCACAGCCAGCUCAUCAAUGAAGCCAUGGCCUGCAAUGCUAGGGUCACUGUAGCUGCUAUACUAAACGGUUGUUUGGAUGUGUUUGAUGGUGUCGGUAGCAUAGUUGAUGUUGGCGGUGGGAAUGGAACCACUCUGCAGCUGUUGGUUAAGGGUUGUCCUUGGAUUAAUCAAGGAAUUAACUUUGAUCUUCCCCAUGUUGUGUCUGUUGCGCUAAAAUCUGACGGUGUUGUCCAUGUUGGUGGUGACAUGUUUGAUUCUGUUCCUAAAGCCGAUGCUGCUUUUCUUAUGUGGGUUCUUCAUGAUUGGGGAGACCAAGAGUGUAUUCAAAUACUAAAGAAGUGUAAGGAAGCUAUUCCGGAGAAAGGGAAGGUGAUAAUUGUGGAAUCUGUGAUUGAAAACAAUAAAUUAGAGGAAAAUGUUAUGAAAAAAGAGCUGGAGCUAAAAGAUGUGGGUUUGUUUCUUGAUAUGACAAUGAUGGCUCAUACGAACAAAGGGAAAGAGAGGAGCUUGGAUGAAUGGGUUUACGUUCUUCACCAAGCAGGUUUCACACGAUACAACGUUAGAUCUAUUGAUGGUGCUGUGUCUUCUGUUAUUGAGGCUUUUCCAGCCUAAUAUGAUUCCCUUCUUUAAAUAAUAAAUUAAGAAUAAGAGUAUUCUGGACAUUGUUCCAGUGGAAUAAAUGUAAAAGUAUUAGUAUUGAGUCAUGAAUAAGAACAUGAGUUAUCCACUCACCAUCAAUUGAUUUUGAGAGGAAAAUUCAUGAUUCUCAAUAAAAUUGGUGAGUAAAAAAACAUGGAAUACAUGUAAAAGUAUUAUCACCAAUUGGUAAUUGUAUUAUCACCUAAAAGUAUAAUAUUUUAUUCUAUCUUUUCUUUUA